CGUAAGAAAAAGUAGUUCCUACCAACUGCGUAUCAUUUAGACAAGAUCUCAAUCAUUUAGUUACUUUCCACUGUGUUCCUGUUAAUUAUAUACAUUAUCUCAAACGACUGAAGUAUCAAAGUAUCGAUAUUUUGAUCUGAUUGUCGCCGGUCUUUCUUAGCCUAUGAAUUAGGCAUUCGUGUUCAUUGUACCAACCGGUUUGCAGUCCAAACAGGAGCUCACGGGAUUACUUUUCACAGUCACCUUCUAGUCCAAAAUGGCUGUCAACAUUCCAGGAGUCGUAGCCAUGUUUUUCUUCUACCUGCUGGUUUACGGCAUUGGCAUCUGGGCUUACUUCAAGGGCCGGAGGGAAAAGCGCAAACAUACGACCACCUUCCUGGAGAUGUCAUUGCUGGUCAGCUGCCACAUCAGCUUGAUAGUGGGAAUCUUCACCAUGACCGCCACGUGGGUGGGAGGCGGCUUCAUCGUGGGCCUGGCAGAGAUGGUGUACACCCCCUCCAUGGGCGUGUCCUGGGCCGCCACGGUGAUUCUGGGAUACAGCGCUUCAUUUAUAAUUGGCAUCCGAGCGAGAAAUCGAGCACGUGAUUCGCGUCACGGUGGUGGUGGUGGUGUGACUGGGGCGGCGCUCACCAAACUGAAAACCAGCGUGAUCCUGUUCUGGUUUGUGGGCGCCGAAGUGUCUUACAACGUCAUCUUCCCUCAGCUCGUCUGCAUCGUCUUCUUCCACAUUACCAAUGGUUACGGCGCCAUCUUGGGUGGCGCGCUGGGCUUCCUGAUUCGGUUGCUGAGCAGUGAGCCUCUGAUAGGCCUGGCGCCUGUCAUUGCUUUCCCGGGAAGCAGUCUGGAGGACGGAACUCACCUACAGUAUUUCCCAGUCAAGACCUUUGCCAUGUUGUGCUCCCUCACAGCCAUCUUGUUCUUCUCCUUCCUAGCAUCUCAGCUUUUCAACAAUGGGCUACUACCAGUCCGCUGGGAUGUCUUCUCCGUGACUGCUGAGACGUCUGACCCCACAUCAUAGCUCCCCCGGUGUGCAAACAGCAGCACUGAUGCCUUUGAGCCCAUGAUGAUCGCUCCAAGGCCAAUGAGCAGCGAGCUUCCACCAGGGGGUGCCGCCACUCACCACAAGGACACCUUGUGGAAAAAUGCAAACAUGCUGAAAUUGUUAGC